AACCUUCAGCACAGCAAGGACAUGACCCUCGCCAGCAACCGCAGCCUGGCUGAGGGCAACCUCCUGUACCAGCCCAAGUUGGAGUCUUUGAAAUCAAAUCUCACUGAAAAAUAUCAAGAGCUGCAAGUUCUUUUUGAAGCCUACCAGAUAAAGAAAACCAAACUGGACAGACAAUCCAGCAAUGCUUCUCUGGAGACCCUCUUGGCCCUGCUGCAGACUGAGGGGGCAAAGAUUGAGGAAGACACAGAGAAUAUGGCCGAGAAGUUUCUCGAUGGUGAAAUCCCUCUGGAUUCCUUCAUCGACGAGUACCAGAGCAAGCGCAAACUGGCACAUCUGCGCCGGGUGAAGAUCGAGAAGCUGCAGGAGAUGGUGCUGAAGGGACAGAGACUUCCUCAGGUUCAGCCACAGGCUCAGGCCAGAGCCCCCGAGGCAACACCAGCAGCUCCAGAUUCCUACAAAGCAGAUGCCAACGCGCCGGUGGUGCCGCGGCGAGUGCCACCACCACCGCCACCUCCCGCGGGCCCGGGACGCUUCCCCACUCCCUUCACUGCAGCCAUGGGCUCAGGACCAGCUCUUUCCUAUCCAGGUGCUCCAUAUCCUCCUCUGCCACCUCGCCCAGGAGGAGCAGUUCAGCCUGCCAGUCAGAUGCCACAGCCAGGAUACCCAUCUCAGUUUGUACCACCGUACCCUCCAGCUCUGCCCCAAAGACCACCUCGCGUUCCUCCUCAUCCUGGCUUCAUCCUGCAGUAA